AUGGAUACAAGCCUUGAAAAUGGCAACAUCAUCACCAUUCCAAACCCUCCUCAAGAUGAUGUUGGGCUUGAACUUGAACCCAAACCAACACCAAUUCUCACCAAAAAGAAGCAUAGUCCAAUGCGUAGUCUUAGGGUGGCACUUCACAUGAUACGAGGGAAUUCCAAAAAAUCAAACGUCAUCUCUACGGAUGAUGAAUCUAAGAGCUCUUGGAAGAAAUUUGUUGGAUCAAUGAGACCAUUACAUCUCCAAAGCAACCAAUCCCCACGGUUGUCUUCUCAAUCAAACCACCGAAAAUUCGAUGAAAUGACCAUUCUGCCACCGCCUUCUCCGUCUGAAUCGGGCGGUGGCAGUAUGUUUAUCGAUUUUUCAAUCGACGAAGAGCCUUUCUCGCCUUUCUCGCCAUCUCCAGCAAGUAGUCGAUAUGCCUCGGCUAUAGGGUUGAACGAACUCGUGUCGAGUGACGAGGAGAAUGAUAGGCCAGAUGUGAUUAAGGAGGAGUGUAAUGAAAACGAUGACGGAGACGAGAAGAUUGAUUCUAAAGCUGAAGAUUUUAUUGCACAAUUCUAUCAUCAAAUGAGGUUGCAACGUUUCAAUAAUGUUGAUCGUGAUUAUAAAGAGCGAAGUGAAAGGUCAUUAGGAUGGUGA